AGGUUUUGGCCGGAGGCACUGCAAACAUCUCGGUUCCACCAGCUCCUUCACGCCUGCGUCAGUGUAGUGUCCCGCCUGACUUCGGGUUUCCGCAGCCUCCCACACUUCCUCCCGCCACUCCCCUUCACUCUCACUCUUCCGGUCCUCUUAGUGGCUGGCUUCCGUUGUCUGUCUCUUGUUCUGAUCUUGUUCACAUUCCGAAGGCUACUUAUGGCUAGUCGGAAGAAGCCCUUAUCGGAGCAGCUGGCGGAGCUGCUAACCCCUGCGCCCACCGCGGGGCACGAGGACCCGGAGGACGCGCAGGGGUUCGGCGCAGAGGCGCGCGCGAUCUUCGGCGGAGACGCGUCGGCGGAAGCGGGGGAAGGAUGGGGCGCGGCGGAAGCGGGGGUCGUGCGCGAGGGGGAGGCUGGCGCGGGGCGGAAGCGCGGGGAACGCAGGUCCGCGGCGAAGGAGAAGGGGCUGAACCUGCGCGGGAAUCUGGUGAUGGAGGGGAAAGAGUAUGGCGGGAAUAGGAGCAGCAGAUCGGCGCUGUUCGAUGGGUGGGCGGAUGACGUGGAGAAUGACGACGAUGACGUGGAGGAGGAGGAUGAUGACGUGGAGGAGGAUGGAGGGGAGGGUGAGGAAGAAGAGGAAGCGGGGCGAGUCGAUGCAGAUAUGGAGCCCAUGUCAGGUGAUGAGGAUAACGAGGAUGAUCCUAACGAGGAUGAAGAAGAGGAUAACGAGGAUGGUGAUGAUAGUUUCGGUGACGAGGAUGACGAUAACGAGGACGAGGAGGACGCGCUAGAAGGGAGCGAGGGGGAAGGCGAGGACAGCGAGGGGUUGAGGGGUUUAGCAGCGGCAGCGCGAGCCACGAUGGAUAUGGGUAUGGAGGCUCUAGAUCGCGAUUUUGAGGCCGCUUUGAAAGACGAGUUUCGCCCCGCUGGUACUAUAGCGGGGCGGGAUCCUAGUGCUAGUAACGAGGACGAUGCUGACGAGGAUGGGGACCGGCAAGAUCAGGGCGACGGCGGCGCGCCUGUGGCUAUAGCGAAGAGUGUUUUUAAAGGGGCUGUUCGUGACGAGGACAAGGGCCGCGCGGUAGCCGCGCAACGGGCGCUGUGGGACCGCGCGCUGGAGCUCCGCAUUGCCCUGCAGCGCCCGCUGCAGUCCGCGUGCCGCCUCCCCCACGCGCGCGCGCACGCCGCCUACGCGGCUGUAGCUCCGGACGUGGCGGCGCAGUUCCAGGCUGUAGCGGCCGGCACGCGGACGGCAAUCCGGCAGUUCCUGACGCUCCAGGACGAGCUGUUCAGGCGGAACGCGGCGGUUGAUGGCGCGUUCAAGGCCGCGCGGGAGGCGAUGGGGGGAGCGCGGGGAGGCGGAGACGGACGCGGGGAAGGAGAGGGCGGUCAGGGGGAAGGAGACGGAGGAGAGGGGGAUGGGGGCAGGGGUGGGGGUUUAAGCGGGGUUUCGGGGCUGGGUUUGGAUUUGGGAGGGAUUGAGAGUGGGAGCAGCGGGGAGGUGUGGGAGCAGAUCUCGAGGACGUACGAGCGAUUCAGGCCCUUCUCGCAGAGCUCCAUUGACAGGUGGCACCGCAAAACCCUCCUGACUUCUGGAGCCAUGGCUGCCAGUCGCAGCAGCAGCCGCCUGAGGGCGCUCAACCAGAGCGUCUCCCAGCAGGUGGCGGCGGCUCUUCGUGCACCCGAUCGCCUCAUCCAACGGUCCAGAUUGCCCCGUGAGGCUGUCAGGGUGAUCGGCGCCAAAGCUGUUGCUGCUGCUGGAAAGAAGCGGAAGGGGCCGGAUGGGGUGGCUGGAGAGGAGGAAGGGGGUACGGAGGGUGAGAAGAGAGCAGUGAAUGGUAAAGUGCAGGGAGAGCAGGGUGGGGAGGAGGAGGAGGAGGAGGAGGAGGAGGAGGAGGAGGAGGAGGAGGAGGAGGAGGAGGAGGAGGAGGAGGAGGAGGAGGAGGAGGAGGAGGAGGAGGAGGAGGAGGAGGAGGAGGAGGAGGAGGAGGAGGAGGAGGAGGAGGAGGAGGGUGGGGACGAGGGGAGACAGGAGGUGGAGGAAGAAGAGAAUCAGGAGGAGGAAGGGGAGGAGCAAGAGGAGGAGGAGGAAUGGGAUGCGGAGACAUACGAUGACACGGAGUUUUACCAGCAGCUGCUGCGGGAGUUCCUCGACUCGUCCCGCCUCGAGGAGAUGGGCAUCGCAGGGCUGCAGGUGGUGCGGCGGCUGCGCGGCAAGAAGUCCAAAGUGGUGGACCGGAGAGCCUCCAAGGGGAGGAAGGUGCGGUACGUGCCCAUGCCAGCUCUCGUGAAUUUCAUGGCCCCGGAGCCGGUUCAGCUGCCCCCGGUUGUGGAACGGUUGUUUGGGAACCUGUUCGGGCAGGUACAUGGAAAGAAGUAGCUGCCCGUAUUGCAGAACUGUACUGCCGCCAAGAUGACUUGUGAGUCGAUUCAAUGCCGGCUGUCAUGAUAUUCACGGCCCUGGAGGCGGUGCAGUUGGAGCUGGCCCCGGUUGCAUAUCGGUUGUUUGGGAACCUGUGGGCAGCAGUAGGUGAUAUUAAGCUGUAACUGGACUUGAUUGAUACGUAACACUUUGAUUGGAGGUGCGGCAUGUGCAGAUGCCAGCUCUCGCGUGAUUCUUUUUUGGCCCUAUACCUGGUGCAGCGGCGGCGGGUUGUUGAGAGUUGUUCUGAGGUGGUUUGGUAAGUACAGCAACGAUGCAGUAAUGAGCCAGUUAUUAAGGCCAUUUCACCCUGAUUACCCUUGCCAAGUAUACCCUGAUUCAUAAUGGUGCCCCAAAACCAUCUCUGGCCCUGGUAGUAGUGAUGCAGUUAUGGAGUGUUGGAUGUGCAAUAAGGUACCUCAGCUGUUUGGUGCUGACAACAUGAAGCGCCUGCCGGCUGUUGUGGAUCAGUUGUAUUGGAACCUUUUUUGACAGCCACGAGUGCAAUAUAUAUAUGCUGAUUUG